AUGUUGCCCCUUGAGAGACGAGACGGAGGCUCCGUCGAGCCUCCUCUGCCCCAGGCGGUUGGCUAUGCCGUUGUCGUGGGAAUAGGCUUCUUGAUCGCGUUCGUCAUGGUGUUUGUGACAUACAUCCUCAAGAGGACCGUUGGAGAAGAUAACAAAACUACCGAGAUGUUCAUGACCGCAAAUCGCAGCGUUGGAACAGGCUUAACCUCGUCGGCAGUGAUUUCUUCCUGGCUGUGGAGUACGGCGAUGCUGGGGAGCACUCUGGUGGGUUACAAUUUCGGUGUAGCUGGCCCAUUCUGGUUUGCUGCUGGUUGCUCGCCCAUGAUUGUCUUUUUUGCCGUCCUCGGAAUUGCCUGUAAGAUGCGCAUACCAGAGGCGCACACUUUGCUCGAGAUUGUAAGGAUACGGUAUGGCAAAGUCGGGCACAUUGUGUGGAUUGCCCUUUGUCUGAUCAACAACAUAAUUGCGGUCGCCAAUAUGUUACUCGGAGCAAGCGCUGCAAUAAGUGCCUUGACCGGCAUGCAUGUAAUUGCGGCAACUUUCCUGCUUCCGGUCGGCGUUAUCCUCUACACGUUCGUAGGAGGCAUCAAAGCAACGUUCCUGACAGAUUAUUUUCAUACUUUUGUCAUUACAAUCAUUAUCUGCUUCUUCACGAUUCAAACCUUUCUUGUGCCAGAGAUCGGCUCUCCGGCAGGUUUGUAUGAACUCAUCGUUGAGGCUGGGCGGACAUAUCCGGUGGCCGGUAAUCAAGAUGGGUCUUAUCUCACUAUGACCAGCAAGAAUGCCAUCCUAUUCGGAAUCAUUCAUGUGCUUGCCAACUUUGGGCUGGUCAUCAUGGAUACCGGAUUCUUUGCCAAAGCAUUCAGUGCCGCCCCUGAAGCCGUGGUGCCCGGAUAUAUCGUUGGUGGCAUUGCGUACUUUGCCAUUCCGUGGUGCCUUGGCACUCUAAUGAGUUUCGCCGCCCUCGGUCUUGAGGGGACAGCUCGGUUUCCUACUUUUCCUAGUCGUAUGUCGACUACCGAGGUCUCUAAUGGUCUCGUGCUGCCAUACGCCGCUGUGGCAAUCGCUGGCAGAGGCGGCGCAGCUGCUGUACUUCUGAUUAUCUUCAUGGCGGUAACUUCGACCAUAUCAGCGCAGGUCAUUGCUGUGUCGUCUAUAAUAACUUUUGAUAUUUACCGCCAGUACUUCAACAGAGAAGCUACUGACCGGGACGUCAUCCGUUGGAGUCACAUCGGUGUGGUUAUCUUUGGGCUGUUCUCCGCAGCUUUCUCGACAGCGCUAUACUAUGGCAAGGUGGACCUCGGAUGGACGCUCUACAUGCUGGGGGUCCUCACCUGCCCAGGAAUCUUCCCGACCGUCUUCACGAUACUAUGGAAAAGGCAGUCAAAAGCUGCAGCUGUGGUGUCACCCUUGCUUGGUAUGGCUACCGGGAUUGCGGUGUGGAUAGGAUCGGCCCACGCACUCUAUGGUGAGGUCUCUGUGGCGUCGACCGGACAGACCCUGCCAUGCGUCUAUGGUACGACUGCGUCUGCACUGAGUCCUGGUCUGUACUCGGUGGUAAUUACUUUGUUCAAUCCUUCCAACUAUAAAUGGGAGGAGUUCCGCAGCGAGCGGUUGGCAUUCGACCAGCCGGCGACUACUACAGCUAGUGAGAAGUUCGCCUCCCACACAGAGCUGGCGUCGACAUAUCAGGAAGACAAGAUCAGGUUGAAGCAUUGGGGAACCAUUGCGGGGGCUUGGGCGUUAGCCACUUUUAUCGGCCAUUGGGUGCUCUGGCCAUUACCUAUGUACGGUUCCGGUUACAUCUUCGGACAAGGCUUCUUUGAAGCAUGGAUCAUUCUCUCCAUCGUAUGGGUCUGGGGCACUAUGUUUGUCGCCGGGUUCUUCCCGAUCAUAGAUGGUUGGAAACAGUUAAAGGCGGUAUACAAGGGCCUCAGGUCUUCCGAAAAACCAGAGGCUACUAGCAGUGGCACAGACACACCGUCUGGUGCUUAG